AUGAAGAUCAGCUGUUGGCAGAAGGAUGAAACACAUGCCAUCUAUAGCAAUACUCUUUUGGAAGAUGGGAUUAUCAUUCAAGAUAAAAUAAAAAUUAAUUUUCACUGCUCCUUCCCACUGGAUAUGAAAAUCAGUCUUGAAACAAUCAUCGAGCCCAUUUUUAGUUCACUAAAUGUCUGUGUUGGCGGUAUCAGGAUCUCAGUUAAAAUAGUUGUCUACAGUGAUCAAAAUUACACUUCACCUUAUGAGAGAUCAGUAGCAGUAUUAGCAAUAGAGGCCAUGUUGUGGAUUGGUAUAACAUUUGAUGGUGGGGAUCCCAGUUUCUGUCUAAGCACACAAGAGUCUACUGUAACCCUCAUAGAAAAUGGCAUCUCAGCUCAAGGACAAUUUUCCCUUCAAAUGGUUGCUGGCAGUCACAAUCUUGUUUACCUACACUGCAAAAUUAGUCUCUGA